GACCCAUGCAUAGUCCCCAACGCUCCACCCUCCUGCUCUGCCCGCUCAUAGACACUGCGCUCCUGCCCCAUCUUGAACUCUGACACACUAAACGUGCACCCGCUGUGUCCUCAGCCGCCAUGUUUCAGUCGCCGUGACGCAAGCUACCCGUUGCCUAUUAGAGCCCGCCCGCAUGACGCCUCGCCAGGACUUUCCACCGCCGCCAUCGCGGCCGUACCUUCCGCGCAAUGUUUCCAAGCUCUCCAUCUUGUCCCCUGCCCGCUCCAACGAGGCAGACGAUGAGCGCAGUCUGUCUGACCACAGCUCCGAUAUGGAUUCCACCUCAUCGCGGCCUCACUAUGAAGACGAGGACACCAGCUUGACCAGCAACAUCGAGCUGGCCGGCUUCUACAUGUAUGGAUGGGCUGCAGAGGUCUUUGUGGUAUGCGGUAUUGGCUCCUUCAUCCCCGUCACUCUCGAGCAGCUUGCCCGCGAGAAUGGCGUCCUCCUCUCUGACCGCCUUACACCAUGCAAAGCCUCGUUGCCUACCGUUUCCCCUUCGUCCCUCACCACGCUGUUCAACCCACAUGCAGACAAAGGCCAGUGCGUCGUGUACAUCCUCGGCCUUGAGAUCAACACGGCCAGCUUCGCAAUGUACACGUUCAGCAUCUCGGUCCUGAUACAAGCUCUCCUCAUAAUCAGCAUGAGCGGCGCAGCAGACCACGGCAGAUUCAGAAAGACGUUUCUCCUGUGGUUCGCCUUUGCAGGUAGCACGGCAACUAUGCUCUUCAUUGGCGUUGUACCGCGGAUAUACAUUCUGGGAGCAGUUCUGGCCAUCGUCGCCAAUACCUGCUUCGGCGCGAGCUUCGUUUUGCUGAAUAGCUUCCUGCCACUGCUAGUGAGGUUCCAUCCCACCGUUAAAUACGCAGAUUCCAGCGCAGAGAACUCGUCUGUGGAGGAGGACGAAGACGAGGACGUGGAAGAUUUUGACCAAGACGAGGAGUCGGAUGAUGGCCGAAUCGCACGAAGAGCACAUUACGCAAAUGAUCUGUCGCGCCACGAUGAUAUUCCUGACGAAGUCGCCGACGCGACAACUGCACUUCUACCAAACCUCCGUUCGGCCGCCGAUCUCACCAUCCCACGCCCAAAGAGUCGCGCCGCGCCGUCGCCAGAACUGGCUCUCUCGACAAAGAUAUCAUCGUAUGGCAUUGCAAUUGGAUACAUUGCCGCGCUGCUUGUGCAAACAAUCUCCAUCGUAGUCGUCAUUGCAUUCAAAUCGUCAAACUUGGGUCUGCGCGUCGUCCUCUUCAUCAUCGGAGCAUGGUGGGCGAUAUUCACUCUCCCCGCAGCCCAAUGGCUUCGUGCUCGUCCAGGGCCUCCCCUAUCCAUUGGGAGCAGCACAUCCAAAAUUGGCACCGCCUUCGCCUACUUCAAGUACUCAUGGAACUCACUCGCGCGCACCGCAACCCACGCAAGACAUCUCAAAGACGUGCUCCUCUUCCUCGCAGCCUGGUUCCUACUAUCCGACUCCAUCGCCACAGUAAGCGGCACAGCAGUCCUGUUCGCAAAAACCACCCUGGGAAUGUCCUACGCCAUGCUCGCCCUGAUCAAUGUAAUCGCCACCGUCUUCGGCGUCCUGGGCGCUUUCCUCUGGUCCCGCCUCGCCCACUUCUUCCGCCUCACACCCACCCAAACAAUCAUGCUCUGCAUCGCCCUCUUCGAAGUAAUCCCCCUCUACGGCCUGCUAGGCUACCUCCCCCCCAUCCGCCGCCUGGGCUACCUAGGCCUACAACAGCAGUGGGAAAUGUACCCCCUCGGCGCGGUAUACGGCUUCGUCCUCGGCGGCCUAAGCAGCUACUGCCGCGCCCUAUUCGGCGAGCUGAUCCCCCCCGGCCACGAAGCAGCGUUCUACGCUCUCUACGCCAUCACAGAUAAAGGCAGCAGCGUCUUCGGCCCCGCUAUCGUCGGCGCUAUCACAGACGCGUGUGGAGAGAUUAGACCCGCCUUCUGGUUCCUCGCCCUCCUAAUCGGCCUCCCCUUCCCCAUUAUGCUGCUCGUUGACGUCGACCGCGGCCGUAGAGAGGGCGUCGCGCUCGCGCAUAAGCUGGAGAAAAUGGCUAGUUGUAGACGACAGCUCGAUGCGGGGGAUGAUGGCGCGGCGGAUGAGCAGGAUGAUAAUCUUUCCGAUGAGGUUACGGAGGACUUGCAGCGGAGUUUUUCGUAUCAGCGCUCUUGAGGGGGG